GCACAAGUAUUCUGCAAAUCAACCAAGGACAAUUGAGGUUGAAUGAAACUAUAUAUAUUUUAGGCGGGAUAUCAUCCGUGAUUAUUACUUGGACAAUGGGUGUUGACAGCGACACCUCCGCUCCGAAGCCGGAAGGAUUCGCGAAGAGUUUGGACGCGAGGGGUUUGCAACUCCUGCAAAUAGAUGCAGAACACGGGAUAUGGAGCAUAGAUCGAAUCAAAACCAAAAUCCGCGUCGAAUCCGCAACUGAAGGACCUCCAGCACGAGCUACAUUCAGAUUAUUCGUUACACCAAACAUGUGCAACCCAAUGGGUAACUUGCAUGGCGGAUGCUCAGCAACCAUCAUCGACAUCCUGACUUCACUGCUUGCACUGAGUAUCUCAAAACCGGGUGUCUUUGAAUUGGGAGGAGGGGUUAGUCGGAAUUUGAAUGUUACUUUUUUAAGACCAGUGCCUGCAGAUACUGAUAUACGGGUUGUUGUUGAGGUUACGCAGAUGGGGAAGAGGUUUGCAUUGAUGAGGACGGAGAUUAGGCGGGCUGAGGAUAAUGUGGUUUGUGUGCUUUCGGAGCAUCAGAAGGUUAAUAUUGAUCCGCCAUCGAGGUCGAAGUUAUAACGGUUAUAC